CAAACAUUAAGUGUUUGUGCAUUUUCUACACUUUCAAAAUUCAUCAAGUGGGCCAGCUUGAACCCCCCCCAGCGGGCAGUUUUUGGCCCACGGGCCAUAUGUUUGUCACCCCUUUUCUAGCGAAUUUGACAAAUUCUUACCCUUUUCUGGCCAAACCUUAAGCUCAAUCGGUCAGUUUUCCCCCUCUCAAUUAGUUGACAUUCACAUGUUUCUUCUUCUGUUUAGCUUUUUUUCUCUUUUAUCAGAUUUGGCUAACCUUUAUUUGUUUCUCGAUUACUUUUUCAAAUCCUGCAGGCUCAGCAACCGCAGCAGCAGCAGCAGCAGCUGAGCGCUCGCCCCAUUUGCAAGUGGCCCAGGCCUAGAGGGCUCUCUGAGAAGCUGUCAGUUGGAGAACAAAUAAAUCUUGAACAAAACUGCCCAGGCAGAGGAUUUUAGGAGACCUGCUAGGAGUUCCAGGAAUCAAAUUAAGGCUGUGAAGAAGAAUGCGAUUUGGAUCCUAGAGCGUCAGAAAUAGAGCGCUGAGAUCUCGGUGUUGGAUGUGUCUCUGUAUAUUGAUUCAGGUCAACUAAUCUGGCAUACGGAGACGCACGGUGGGGAAAGUUUAAACGGAGAGGGUGGGAGGGACGGGGACGGUGGGCAUCGGCCAAGGCCCUGUUAUUGGAUCCUGCCCUAGAGUGUAAACAACUUGCACACGGUGCUGCUGGGCAGCUCUGGUCGGCCCCAGACGUGAGCUGACGUGCUGAAAAGUAGACAAGGUAGGCGGCCGGGUCGGCGGGAGUUGUGUGACAGAUAGUGGAGAAGCCGGAGGAGUUUUCCUGAAGUGGUCAGCGGCUCCUGCAAGACCGGAGUGGGCAGCGAUGAAUCAGAGGACGCUGACACGACAGCUGAGGUUGUGUGAGAGUCCCGAGGGUCCGUCUCCCGUUCCUCCUCUCACCUUACCCCUGUCGCCGGUCGAUCAGACCCGCGGAUGCGGAGGCUCUGUCCUGUUCCGACGUCUGAAACUGAACCGUAGUAUUCAGGAGCACAGUCGCUUGUCUAACUGUUUCAGCAGCUUCGAUUCUGAGAAUGGUCCCUCACCAGGCCGCAGUCCCAUGGAUUCGCAGGCGAGUCCUGGGUUGGUGCUCCACCCUUCUUUCCCCCAGAGUCAGCGCAGGGAGUCCUUCCUGUACCGCUCUGACUCCGACUAUGACACCUCGCCCAAAACAAUGUCACGCAACUCCUCCGUCAACAGUGAGGGGCACGCCGAAGACAUGAUCGUUACCCCUUUUGCUCAGGUGUUGGCCAGCCUACGAACUGUAAGAAGCAACUUCACCAUCCUCGCCAAUGUUACAACACCCACUAACAAGAGGUCACCAGUGACAAGCCAACCCACUGUUCCCCAAGCUACACUCUCUGAGGAGACGUAUCAGCAGAUGGCUAGGGAGACUCUGGAGGAGCUGGACUGGUGUCUGGACCAGCUGGAGACCAUUCAGACCCACCGAUCAGUCAGUGAGAUGGCCUCAAACAAGUUCAAAAGAAUGUUGAACAGGGAGCUGUCACAUUUGUCGGAGAUGAGUCGCUCAGGGAACCAGGUGUCAGAAUACAUCUCUACUACCUUUCUAGAUAAGCAGAACGAGGUGGAGAUUCCAUCGCCGACGCUGAGGGACAGAGAGAAACCUAUGUGUCACAUCAGCGGCGUCAAGAAACUCACGCACAGCUCAAGCCUUUCCAACUCCGCCAUGCCUCGCUUCGGUGUAAAGACGGAACAUGAGGAUGCUUUAGCCAGGGAGUUACAUGACUUGAACAAGUGGGGCCUUAAUAUCUUUCGUGUGGCCGAGUUCUCGAACAACAGACCCCUCAGCUGCAUGAUGUUUGCCAUCUUCCAGGAGAGAGAUCUUCUGAAGACUUUUCGGAUUCCCAUGGACACAUUCAUCACCUACGUAAUGACCCUGGAGGACCAUUACCACGCCAAUGUGGCCUACCACAACAGCCUCCACGCUGCUGAUGUCACUCAGUCGACUCACGUACUGCUCUCCACACCAGCUUUGGAUGAUGUGUUCACCGACCUAGAGAUCCUAGCUGCUUUAUUUGCCGCCGCCAUUCAUGAUGUGGACCAUCCAGGAGUAUCCAACCAGUUUCUAAUAAACACCAACUCAGAGUUAGCCCUCAUGUACAACGACGAGUCUGUGCUAGAGAACCAUCACCUAGCUGUGGGCUUCAAGCUGCUUCACGAGGACAACUGUGACAUCUUCCAGAACCUCAGCAAGCGGCAGCGACAAAGCCUGCGAAAACUUGUCAUCGACAUGGUUUUGGCAACAGAUAUGGCGAAACACAUGAGUUUGCUGGCCGAUCUCAAGACGAUGGUGGAAACCAAGAAGGUGACAAGUUCUGGAGUGCUGCUGCUUGAUCACUAUACGGAUCGUAUACAGGUGUUGAGGAACAUGGUGCACUGUGCCGACCUGAGCAAUCCCACAAAACCCCUGGCUGUGUAUCGACAGUGGACGGAGAGAAUCAUGGAAGAGUUCUUCAGGCAGGGCGAUAAGGAGAGGGAGCGAGGGAUGGAGAUAAGUCCCAUGUGUGACAAACACACUGCGUCCGUGGAGAAGAGUCAGGUGGGCUUCAUCGACUACAUCGUUCACCCCCUGUGGGAGACAUGGGGUGACCUUGUGCACCCCGAUGCUCAGGAGAUCUUGGACACUCUGGAGGACAACAGGGACUGGUAUCAGAGCACGAUCCCGCAGAGUCCGUCGCCGCCUCCCGUGAGCCAGGACAAGGAACUAAAAGCCUGCACGGACAGGUUUCAAUUCGAGCUCACCCUGGAAGAGAGUCAUCCAAACGACGGGGACGACGGGGGCGACGCGGGCGACGCAAACCACGCGGCAGAGGAGGAGGAGAACAAGGAAGAGCAGGGAAGCAGCAUGGCCGAGGAGGAAAACGAGGACGUGAUAGAAGAGGAGGACGAGAUCACAAUGGACGAGGUGAAAGAGGAGCCAGAGGAGGAGGAGGAGGAGGAGGAUGAGGAGGAGGAAGAAGGCGACGUCGAGGAGGACGAGGAAGAGGACGAGGAGCUCAGAGCCCAGCUUGAGGUGAGGUCUGAGAAGGAAAGACUUUCUGACACAAGUCCUGUAGAGGAAGAGGAGGAGGAUUUUUCUUCUCAAGCUGAUAAUACAUGAGUUUCGCUCUUGUAUCUUGUAUCCUCACUUGCACACAUUUAUUUGUUCAUUCUUCAAUGGCCAAACCGACAACAGAUAAGACUGCAAAUGACAAUGUAGACCUUUAAAUAUAUUUUCGAAAAAAGGGAACAAUGCUCGAAAUGCAUUGGAGAGAAGUUCAUUACACAGCAACUGUAGAUUUGGAAUGAGGGGAAGUUCGCAAUCGACUUGUUUCGCGACGGACUCCAGGAGAAGAAAGGGGGGGUUUAGCGAAGCGCUACCGA